AUGAACAGUCUUUCGUCCACGUCGUCCGAGGACGCCAUCCUGGCUGGCCUCCUGGACUACUGCGCCGCCCAAGGGAUUUCGAUCUCGCCGAACAUCUCUCUCAGGCGCGUUUCCGGCAAAGGACUAGGCGUAUACACCAGCAAGCCCCUGACACCUGGUGAUCCCGUCAUGCACGUCCCGACCGCCGCGCUGUUCACGACCUCUUCCGUCCCUUUGAGCUUCGCAAGCAAGGAAGCCCGCAAGUCGAUACCAGUCCAUGCGCUGCUGGCCGCAUACCUGGCGUUUGGCAUGUCCGAGGCCAAACGGGAGCAUUAUGCGCGCUGGAUGGCGACGUGGCCGAGGCUGACGGACUUCACGAGCACCAUGCCAGUUUUUUGGCCAGGGGCACUGAAACAGCCAAUCUCACAGCAGAGGGACACGAAGAGGAAUGGCGCUCAGCAAACGGAGGAGAAGACUCAAUUCCUUCCGCUGCCGCCGUCGCUCACUGGAUCGUGGCUAUACAGCGACAAAAACUCCUCUGGAAUGCCGCCCAAAAUCCUGGAUGAACUAGGGUCCAAGCUGGAGUCUCACUUAAAGACCAUUGCCAAAGCGUUCCCGGCCCAAGCAUCAGCUCUGCUUUCGCAGACUGAACCGUUGCACUGGAAGUUCAUCCACAUGUGGUGUAUCGUGGGCAGUCGCUGUUUCUACUACUUGCGUCCAGGGCAGCCAGCGCCCAAGGACAGCAAUGAAGCCAUGGCCCUGUGUCCGGGGAUGGACCUGUUCAAUCACUCCGACAAGCCGCACUGCCGGACAACCUACGAUAGGAAAGGAUAUGAAGUGACAGCAGUGCAAGAGCACGGUAUAGGCGAAGAAGUGUUGUUGGGCUACGGCGCCCACAGCAAUGAUUUGCUGUGGAACGAGUACGGGUUCAUCAUGGGCGGGGAUGGCAAUGUCAGCGACGGCGUACAGUUGGAUGAAGUCGUCCUCGCAUCCUUGACGGAUGCGCAGAAGAAAACACUCGAGAAAGCUGGAUAUUUGGGCGACUACUGGCUCAAGCCCGAGGGGUUGUGCUGGCGGUCUGAGGUUGUGAGUUGGCUGGAUGUCUUAACUCCUGGCCAGUGGAAUCGGUUCCUGGAGGGAAAGUUUGAUCCGGCCGUGGCAGAUAGACAGUUUACGGCUGAAGGGAACGGAAUCGAAGACAGCAGCGGCAAUAGAAAGCGCAAAAGAGGAACGGGUGGAACGAGCGAAGAGGCAACGGCAAAUGAAACUGCUAUCCUGAAGCAAACACCAAGCGAGCGCGCAAAGAGGAAGCAGCUUGCCUGGAUCAAAGUGAUGGCGAGCGUGGCGGAAAACAGCCUCAUGGGGCUGAUGUUUCUGGCUCCUCAGAAGACUCGACGCAAUGGCAACGGUAACUCUCGAACCGAACUACUGCAUUGGUUCGGUGAUGACGAGAAGAUCCUCGAAGCACAAGGACUUCGUGGUCCUGACAUCUCAAAGACGAGAUCGUCCCAAGCCAAGGCCAGACACAGAAUGUGCGUCCAGAGAUGGAGGCAGAUAUUGCAGCUGUGUACCCAUGCCGGGGACAUGAUUCGGGAAGACACUCCUGCUCUGCGAAAUGAUGGAGUAAAUCUGGGGACUGAACGGCUGGGCACAGAAGAACAAAAUAUAGAGGCACUGGUGGAUGAAUUCCUAGAGCAUGAUAUAUGA